AUGGCCACCAGAGAUCUCCCGAAAUCUGCAGGCGAUCUUCUCACCAGCUGGGUUGGUCGUAUUCAAGAUGAAAUGACUAUCGGCAAGUCGCAAGACGAGUUGAUGGAUCGCGACAGACUUGCAAAACUCAACGAAUUUUCUUCGGCUUCUUCGAAGGACAGCGAUAUCGAGACGAACGCAGGUGACAAAGAGGAGGAGGUAGAAACCAAAGUUAGAGUGAAGAACUUGUGGCCAGCUUUUGCUUCCGGUGCCGGUUUGUUUUCUGAUGGGUACGUCAAUGCAGGUAUUGGAAACGUUCUUUCGUGUUUGAAAAUGAUUUACGGUGAUGAGUUUACUAAAAGCAAUGCCAUUUCAAAUAUUGGAUCUAUUGCGUUCGUUGGUACCAUCAUUGGUCAAAUUGGGUUUGGAUAUAUUAGUGACAAAAUGAGCAGACACAAAGGAAUGUUGAUUGCAAACAUCAUGUUGAUUGUGUUCACUUUGUUGUGCGCAGUGGGGUCUUGGGGUAAAACCACACAGGGAUUCUUUGCCUGUUUGACCGUUUGGAGAUUUUUCCUUGGUAUUGCCAUUGGCUCUGAGUAUCCAACAAGUUCAGUUAUUGCUUCAGAGUUUGCUAAUCAAUUACCAGCCGGCCAUAGAAACAGGUAUUUUACAUGGUUCACCAACUCCAUGAUCGAUUUGGGUUUUGUUGUGGCCAGUUUUGUGCCACUUGUGUUGUUGUGGAUCCUUACUCCUAACCACUUGCGUGCAUUAUGGAGAAUCAGCAUUGGGUUGGGAGUGAUUCCACCUUUAAUUUUGUUUUUUAUCAGGUUGAAGAUGUCAAACUCGACCAAUUUUACAAAAUUAAAUAUGAAGCGGGUUGCUUACAAAGAUUACCCACUUUGGUUGAUCUUCAAAUUCUAUUGGUUCAGAUUGUCCAUUGUGUCUUUGAUUUGGUUCAUCUACGACUUUUCAGUCUACUCAUUUGGUACUUUCAACACAAUCAUUAUUGGUGAAGUCAUUCCAAAUGGUACUUUGUAUCAAAACUGGGGUUGGUCAGUUGUGUUUAACUUGUUUUACAUGCCAGGAUGUUUACUCGGUGGGUUCGUUGCUGAUUACUUGGGUCCCAGAUUGACAUUAGCCUUGGGUGUGGGAAUUCAAGGAAUCAUCGGUAUUGCCAUGUCAGCUUGUUUAAACUCAUUGAAAAAACACGUUGCUGGUUUUGUUGUUGUCUUUGGUAUCUUUACUGCGUUUGGUGAAUUUGGUCCCGGUAACAAUACUGGUCUCCUCGCUUCCAAAACAUGUGCCACCCCAAUCAGAGGUCAGUACUAUGGUAUUGCCGCUGCUAUUGGAAAGCUUGGUGCUUUCAUCGGAACCUGGGUAUUCCCAGCAAUUCAGAAACAUUACGCUUACGAUGAAAACUUGACAUUGCAAGUUCCAUUCUAUGUUUCAUCAGCCUUGUGUUUGUUCAGUGCACUUUUGGCCAUUUUCUUUGUGCCACCAGUUGGUCAAGAUGCUAUUGAUAGAGAAGAUAAGCUUUUCUUGGAGUAUUUGCGUGAUAACGGAUUCGACAGGUUUGAUAUGCUCGGUGAUUCUGGAAUUGUCACAACUGAUGAACACUCUACGGAUCACAAGCAAUAUUCAGGAGUAGUUGAAAAGAACGAUGAUGAGGUGGUUGUUGUUCAGGAGAAAAAAUAG